ACCGACAACACUGCGUGACAGAGCCGACCAUGUUGACGUUCGGCAUUUGUUUCGCGCAUGUUGUGGUUAGACGUUUGCCAAGUAAUUUGCGAGUGUUUGGCCGAAACUUUUACACAAACAAAACCUUAAGGGCGUACUCGGCCAUGGCAUAUUCGGUAAUAGAAAGAGGAUCCCCCUUUAGCACGGAUUAUCGCGUUUACAUACAAGAUCAGGAUGGUCCUGUUUCGCCCCUUCACGACAUCCCCUUAGUAGUCGACGGUGACAAGAAGAUUUACAACAUGGUCGUGGAGGUGCCCAGAUGGACAAACGCCAAAAUGGAAAUCACGAUGAAGGAGAUCCUGAAUCCGAUCAAGCAGGACGUGAAAAAGGGCAAACCGAGGUUCGUGGCGAACUGUUUCCCGCACCACGGCUACAUUUGGAACUACGGCGCCCUGCCGCAGACCUGGGAAAACCCCGAGCAUCUGGACGACGGUACCGGCUGCAAAGGCGAUAACGAUCCGAUCGACGUCAUCGAAAUCGGCUACAGGGUGGCGAAAAGGGGCGAGGUCCUGAAAGUGAAGGUCCUGGGCACUAUCGCGCUGAUCGACGAGGGCGAAACCGAUUGGAAACUGAUCGCGAUCGACGUCAACGAUCCGUCCGCCGAUCAGCUCAACGACGUCGCCGAUAUCGAGAAGCAUUUCCCCGGGCUGCUGAAGGCGUCCGUCGAGUGGUUCAAGAUUUACAAAAUCCCUGACGGCAAACCGGAAAAUCAGUUCGCUUUCAACGGAGAAGCGAAAUCGGCUUCUUUCGCGCACAAGAUCAUCGACGAGGUGCACGGUUUUUGGAAAUCGUUGGUUAGCAAAGAGGUCGACGCCAAGGGUAUUUCUUGCGUGAACACCACCCUAGAUGGGAACUCCUUUAAGGUGCCCAGGAGCGAAGCCCAGGACGUUAUCAACAAAACGCCCGAGUAUGCAACCGCCCAAGCGCUGGACCCUAUCGUGGAUAAAUGGCACUAUGUUCACUUGAAAUAGUAAUUCCAUGGGAUUCGGGACUUCGGCAUUUAAAUACGCCUCAGCAAAAUUGAGGAGUAGCGGGGAAAAUUUAUAUGUUUUUUUAAAUAAUUUGUAAGAAUAAAGUGAUGGUUGAAAAGAA